GUCAGAGCCGCUCGCGGGAAGCUCGGAGCCCGGGCGCGGGCGCCGCGCGGGCUGGGCCGGCCUGGGCCGGGCGGGGCUGCGCUGGGCUGCCCGCACAGGCUCGGUCGCCGCCCCUGCCGUCUAAUAAAAAAAGAAGCAUAAUAAGCAUGAAUCUCUACUUUGGAAUCAGGAAGGAAUUGUCUUCUGUCUCCUCUUCACCCCUCCAAACAUGAUGGGGAGAUGAACAUCUACAGAUGGAUGGAAACUUUUGCCUCUCCACCACCCUGUCCCCUGGCCAAGGAUUAUGAAGUGAUUCUGGCAGCCAUUCAAAACACACAUGGUGGCUUGUGAAUCUCAGCCCCCAUCUGAAGUUGUAGAAUAAUUGCCAAGGACAGGGGACUAGGUGGGGGAGGAAGAACUGAGUCCCUCUUUUUAGGUCCUUUUUACCCUGACACAAUAAGUAUUGGUUGACUGAAAAAGCACAGCACCAUUCUUGAAAAUUGUCUCCUGCAAUUUUUUGUAACAUUCUUAUCUCCCAAUGUCCAAUUUCUUUUAGCUCUGAAUAAGUUUCUUAUAAAAUUAUUGGCAUAAAUGCUGUAGGAUCUUGGGUAUUUUGACAAUAAAGGAGAAUAUUUUCCUUGAUCUUUAAGCAUAGACAUGACCUAUGGUCAUGUAGCCCCCCAGCUGGUUAUAGAGCUCAGGGUAUCCUCCUGUAUCUCCAUUUCUCCAAACAUAUGAUGUUAAUGAUAGAGAAAGGCUUCUCUAUAUUGCCAUGGUAAAACAGUCAUACGUGAGAAUGUAACAGUCAUAGAAAUACACUAUUGUCAUUAGAUAUGUGUCAAAUGGUGCUAGCAGUACUUUAGUAGCAAAAGAAGAAAAGCUCACGGGACUCAGUAGACAUAUAUUGAGGGUCUACUCUCGGCAGAUAGCUGUGCUAGGUUCUGAAUGGGGAGGAGAGAGAUUUAAUACCACAUGACACAUCCUGGCCCAUGAGUAGCCUAUGGCAUGACAUAGUAUGAGAAACCGCCCAAACAAACUAUAGGACAAAGUCGUAUGCAACAGCAUCAUUUGAGUGAUAAAAAAUGAAGGUUGCAGGAGAGUGGGCAGAGGAAGAUACCUCUUCGAGUGAACUGGAAGGCAUGAGAGCGUCAGCAUCUGAGAGGCGCCUUGAGAGACGGAUGAAGUUUUCUGAGGUUGUACCCCGCUGCCCCCAUCCUGACCAAGCUGUGCAGAAACUUAGCCAAGCCAUCUGCAGCCAUGACGACCGCCAUCUUGGAGCGCCUCAGCACCUUGUCUGUAAGUGGGCAGCAGCUGCGCCGCCUGCCCAGGAUCCUGGAAGAUGGGCUUCCCAAGAUGCCUUGCACGGUCCCAGAGACAGAUGUGCCCCAGCUUUUCCGGGAGCCUUACAUUCACACCGGCUACCGUCCCACAGGCCAUGAGUGGCGCUACUACUUCUUCAGCCUCUUUCAGAAACACAACGAGGUGGUCAAUGUCUGGACCCACUUACUGGCGGCUCUGGCUGUCCUCUUGCGAUUCUGGGCCUUUGCUGAGGCUGAGGCCUUGCCAUGGGCCUCCACCCAUUCCCUGCCCUUGCUCCUCUUUAUCCUGUCCUCAAUCACUUACCUCACAUGCAGCCUUCUGGCCCACCUGCUACAGUCCAAGUCUGAGCUCUCCCACUACACCUUCUACUUUGUGGACUAUGUUGGUGUGAGCGUUUACCAGUAUGGCAGUGCCCUGGCCCACUUCUUCUACAGCUCUGACCAGGCCUGGUACGAGCGGUUCUGGCUUUUCUUCCUGCCAGCGGCUGCCUUCUGUGGCUGGUUGUCUUGUGCUGGCUGUUGCUAUGCCAAGUAUCGUUACCGGAGGCCUUAUCCAGUCAUGAGGAAGAUCUGUCAAGUGGUGCCAGCAGGGCUGGCCUUCAUCCUAGACAUCAGCCCCGUGGCACACCGCGUGGCCCUCUGCCACUUGGCUGGCUGCCAGGAGCAGGCAGCCUGGUACCACACUCUCCAGAUCCUCUUCUUCCUGGUCAGCGCCUACUUCUUCUCCUGCCCCGUGCCUGAGAAGUACUUCCCGGGCUCCUGUGACAUCGUGGGCCAUGGGCAUCAAAUUUUCCACGCCUUUCUGUCCAUCUGCACACUCUCCCAGCUGGAGGCCAUCCUCCUGGACUACCAGGGGCGGCAGGAGAUCUUCCUGCAGCGCCACAGUCCCCUGUCUGUCCACAUGGCUUGCCUCUCCUUCUUCUUCUUGGUGGCCUGCAGUGCUGCCACUGCAGGCCUCCUGAGGCACAAAGUCAAGGCCAAACUGACUAAGAAAGAUUCCUGAGGCUGGCUGGUGGGGCCGUGUGUGGAGAUGGCCGGUUGUGAUUUGGGAAAACAGUACAACAGUUGGAGGUGACUUUUUUGUUUAUAAGGGUUGGCAUUUAAAUUAACACAUAUUUCCAAGGAUAUGCUAUGGCCACAGCAUUGGCGAGCCAAAGGAUUCACGAGUUUUGUUGUUUUUGUUGUUUGUAACAGGACUAUUCCUUUUCCCUCUGGCUCAUAGCCUUACAAGGCAGAAGAAGGGAAAGGACCUCAGCUAAUUAAGAAGAACUAUCUUCAUGCCUAAAAACAUAGCAGAAUCUUGACUGUGGACUUGGGGCAAGUCCUAGAACUGAAGGGAUAAUAAAAUUGGACUGGAAAGUAGGUGGCUGGCCCGUAGCCUAUUGGAAUGGCUGUCCUACUGUUCUCGUCUUUGGUAAUUGAAUAAAUUGGCCCCAAACCUUAUUUCAUUUGCAUUUCAGAUCAUCCAGGGUAGAGAAGUCAGACUCUUCAAGAUGCUUCAGUGAAACCCUGAGGAUGAAUUUUUCAGUUCAUCUGAUUUCUGACCCCUUCUCUCUUAUCCACUGUAACACUGAUCCUUUUCUCAGGAUGACCAUCUGCCUGGCUGUUCUCUCUGAAAUGCUGUUCACUCCCAUCUCUACCUUGCAUGGUAACAUAGAGGACUAAGGAAGUUAUGCUUCCAGGAAAUGCUUGGAUCCCUAUGGACAUUUAGGAAACUUGUUUGCAUAUAAUACUAAUGUAAACAGUACUGGACAGUAUAGUGCCAAGUGCUACCAGGAGCUCCGGCCAACAAGUGUGGAUAUUCUGGUGUCACAGAACCCCUCUCUUUUCCACCUCAGAACUGCUGGGCUUCUUGAGAGCUAUUAGGGCUGCCUUACAUACAGGCCAGGAGAUCUAGAGGCUGCUCUAGCAAAUCUCCAGAUUGUGACCAGCGUGUUUUAAAAGCUCUAGAUAGGAUGAAUUGCAUCUAAGGGUCCCUCUAGGGUUCAAGAGGAACCCAAGAUCCAGCCUCCUCAGUAGUUAAUGCCCCAUGAAGGACCCACAUAACUACCCCAGUUUAGGGUCCUUGAGUAGCAGUUCUGCCUCAGCUUAGAGCAGAACUCCUAAAAUAAUCGAGCUCCAGACAGGUGAGCAUGUGUGCUCACUGUGCAGUGGCCCCUGAAGGCUUCUUUAGGUGAGCACAUUGCUGCCCAGCAGCUUCUGUGAAGUAGAAGGUGUUUGCGAUUGAUGUGUUCUGUCCAUGCCGCCCUCUCCCGUGAGAACUGAACUUCGCACUAACCCAGUGAAGGAGCCUGCAGAGGGAAGGGCCUCCUCAGAGGUAUACAUUUCCUGUCAGUAUAAGGUCCCUGUUUACUGAGAAGGGAAGUGGUUAGUUUUCAUUCCAGUUUGAUAACCUCUUCUGUUACUACGUAGCUCUGUUGUCUUCAAGUCUUUGUUUUCUUCCUCUGAGAGAUUUACGGAGUUUGUGCCUUAUAAAUGGAAAUGUAUGGACAUUUUACUUAAUUUAUGGCCAUGUGGAAUUUUCUUUUUCCAGUCAGGAUAAGAAAAAAACAGUUCAUUGCUUUCUAAGCAAUGAAUGAAGGACACUCCACAAAGCCAGAGUCGCCAGUCAAAAGCCUCUUUCAGCCUGUGUCUGGGCAAAAUGGAAAGCAGCAAAAAACAUAUUCAAUGGAUAUUCUAAAAACAUAUUCCAGCAAACUUUAUCUCAAGAAAGCAUGUAUGUUGUUAGCAACAUUGUUUUCUUUGGAUUUCUCCUGUAACUCCUCAAAUGCCUCUGUGCUUCCUAAGUGUCUUAUACAAGCCUCUGGUGUCUAGGCCAAAUGAGUGGCAAAUAAAGGUCACAAAACUGAACUGGGUUGAACUGGACAAGGGAAAGGUGGGAUUGUGCAGAUGUGUUGCAAGAGGAGGGUCUAUGCAAAAUGGAGCCUAGAAAUUGUUUAAAAAUUUCCUUCUUAUUGUUUCAAAGACUGUUCUUUUGAAAGUUGGAGAGAAGGUAUGAGGGAAUGAGGUAGAGGGUAGAUAGGUAUGAGACGAGCUCUUGAAUAUAACUGUUGUGGUAAUGAUGGAUGGAGAUGUUUAAAUUAACUCCAAGUAUUUUUUAAAAGAGAGAACAAGAGGUAGAACAGUGAUGCUCAAAUAUAGGUUCACAGUCUACACACUGCUAAUGUUCUAUGACAAGAUAAUUUCAGAAAGUGGGACUGAACUUUAAGGCAUUACAUAAAGUUUUCAUUCUUAAUUUACACAAGUAUUGGUCAUAGUAAUUGGAAUUAAAAAAAAACAGUUCUUCACAAAUAUUUGAGAAGCAUUGAGGUAAGGGACUAAGAUAUGCUCUCAAAAUAAAGAGUAUCUAAUUAGAAAUAUAUAAACACAGGAAGCAUAUUUUUAACUGAUCAUACUCUUUAGGGCUUAACAUACCCCCUUUAAAAUAUUUUCCUGAAAACAAGUGUAUCAGUAAGGAAUAGAACUAGUUUAUUUAAAGGAAUAAUUAAGAAUUUGAUAAAGAUGAAGGUUAUCCUGCUCCACCCCAGCAUCUCUAAUAGUUGACAUCUACUGGAUAUUCUGUUGGUCCUUUCUCUCUCUCACACACGAAAGCUUUCAACCUGUUAAAAUGUAAAUGCUCUGGAAAAAAACUAAACUAUCAGUCAUUUACAUCUUCUUGGGAUUAAAAUUUUUGAUGGGUUUGUAUGACGCUCUACCUGGUGUAGGGGGAAGGGAGAGCAGGAUACAGCGAACUGGGGACACCUUUGCCUGUUUCACCUUUACCUAGUGUUUCCUGACCUGUGUUUAUGAACAAGCUAAUGUUAAGCCUCUUCAGAUGCCAGGGUUCCAUUUCCCAGUUCUUCUGGAAGUACGAUAUUCUCAGGAGUCCUCUACUGGAAGCUUGAGUAGGAGAAGCUUAGGCCAUGGAAUGAAGGUAAUUCAUUUCUGCCUGUUGCGCACCUGUUUACAAAUUGUACAUUGAUGCUUGAAAACACUGUUCUUUGGUUGCUGUGCUGUAGUUUCAAACGGAUCCUCCAGAUGGCCCUCGUGUCUUAGAGAAGGGACCGCCGUUAUCCGGAAGGCCUCAACCUCCUAAUUGUGCUGGUCCUAGUGUUUUGUUUGAUUGCUUGGCAACAAAAAAAAUGGAACUGUUUUCUUUUUAUAUAAAUCUACUUACACGAAUGACCAUUAAAUGGAUUUUGAAUAUGGAUUGUUGUAGUGUCAACAGCUUUGAAAAAAGAGCUACCUUAAGGUCUAUCCCAGAGCAAGUUUUAUCAAAGCAAGCAAUGCUAGAAGGAGGUCAGGACACUAUAUCCACUCAGAGAUAGGAAAGCAUGAAAACUUAAAAAAAAAAGUCUCCACGCCCUCUCCUGUCCAAAAUCCCCCAAAUUCAACACGCACUCACUCAUGCACACCAAAUCCUUGAGUAGAUGAACAUAUAGCUCCCCCCCCCCCAAAAAAAACCUAUGGAGUUAAUGUCUCUUGAGGAUUUCUGUUUAGUUGAAUAAAUACCCCUACUCUCCCAGACACUAGUGUUAAAGAUUUCAAAACUUUAAAUUGAUGGACAUUUUAUGGAAUCUCAAAAUUAUGAUAUAGUUCCAUUAUAACAUUGUAAUCUAAUGUAUCUGUUGUGAAAUGUGGCUCUAUCAACCAAAUGAUUUUGUAGCCCUAACUAUUAGAUUUAAAUAGCUGUGGAAAUGGUGAAUCUCUAAGGUACUUCGGCUUCAGACUAUAGUUUCAUAGUAACAGUAAGAAAAGAGGGUUUCUCUGGCUAGAGGCUCCGUUGGUAGAAUUAUGGGAGUCCCUCUUCCCCAAACCCUGUUUACCACAGGCAGGGGCCAAAGGCAGUUUGCAAAUACUUCUGCUGUCACUGUUAAUAGUUUAAGCCACUCUUCACCUAUUGAUGCAGCAAGUUUUUAUUGAGUACCUGUUAGCGACAGGUUCCGUAUUGGAUCUGAGGAUACCAAAGUCAGGAAAAACACAUGGAUCCUGUGUGCAGAGUUUGCAGUCCACUAAGUACCGACUGGCAUCUUCACUCCUUGGGCCACAGAAGGGUCCUUUACUCCAGGUCGUGGUGCCAACGACAGCCAUAGGGCAAGAUGGCCUGGGAAACUCACAGGAAGCUGGUGUCUGCUUUGACCCAGAACCUCCUCCUCUUCCUCCUCCUCAAAAAAAAAUCUUUCUCUCUCCACUCCGGAGGCUGGAAACAUUUACCCACCAGCAAGGCCGUCACCUCAAAGCCACGUCGACUUUCUCGUUACUCCUGCUUCUUCUCCAACCCCCUUCCCACUGCCCUCUGGUUGUCUUAGUUUAGUCCUGAGGAUCCUUGACAGGUCCAGACACAAAGAGAGGACUUGAAUUUUCACUAUGGGUAUAGACAUCCCAGGAAUAUAAAGUCUCACCCCCCAGAAGGGGACAUGGAAUAUUCUGUCUUGAGUAAGGUUCCUGACUUGUUAAUAAUGUUUUUUAAACAGCAUCCACAUCCUGGUGACCGUCCUUUAAAAAAAUAACCACUUUACUCCUUGUGGAAUUUUUAUGGAAAUUACUUAAUAUGGGAGGAAAAUUAUUGCAUUAAAAAGUAAAGUCUUUAAAUACUAA